AUGGGAUUCUAUUAUGGCUACACAGGAGCAGAGGAGACUCCAGCGGACGGUGAGGUUUUCGUGGAAGAAGAGCCCAAACCAAGCUUCUUCCAGCAGAUGUGCCUCAAGUUGAGGCGGUCUUCCAGCGAAAGUGAGUACGAAGACGAAAGCGAGCUGGAAUCGACGGCCGAAGACGAAGACGAAGUCGACCCCGAUCUCAUCCUCAAAGUCCACAGACUCGAUGUGACUAUGUUUCUGCUCAAGGAGAAGCAGUCCUUCAAAGACAUGAACGAACGUGACCAACGAUCUAUGGAACGAUCUCUGCAUGAGCGACUUUCGCUGCGGUGGCCGACCAGCUCCGGGUUCCUUCAUUAUCUUUGA